UUCACGCCCACCUCCUUUCUUCUUCAAUAAUCUCUCUAAUUUUGCGCAUCACUCAUUAUUUUGCAUUCGAUUUUUUAUGCAACACAAAACUCAGCAAUGUAUGACACAAUAAUGGCUAGCUAGGCAAUAUUACAUAUGAGAGCCCCUUGAGUCUUUUGAUUUAGAGGGUGUCUCAAGAGAUAACUUGACGAGGGUGACAGUAGUGACCGGAGGUAUAGAGCGAUGGAUGUUCCGAUCAUGCAUACAAGUGACCGGUAUGAGUUGGUUCGAGAUAUCGGCUCUGGCAAUUUUGGAGUGGCUAGGUUGAUGAGAGACAAACAUACCGAUGAGCUUGUUGCUGUUAAGUACAUUGAAAGAGGUGACAAGAUAGAUGAAAACGUUCAGAGGGAAAUAAUAAACCACAGGUCCUUGAGGCACCCCAACAUUGUCAAGUUUAAAGAGGUUGUUCUAACACCAACUCAUCUAGCCAUUGUGAUGGAAUAUGCCUCCGGCGGAGAGUUGUUUGAGCGGAUAUGUAACGCUGGCCGCUUCAGUGAAGAUGAGGAUAAUCUUAUAUCAGCUUUUAAAUUUUGUUAUGCAAAGGCACGAUUCUUCUUCCAACAACUUAUAUCAGGAGUAAGCUACUGUCAUGCUAUGGAAGUUUGCCAUCGAGAUCUGAAGUUGGAAAACACACUAUUGGAUGGAAGUCCUGCCCCACGUCUAAAGAUAUGCGACUUCGGCUAUUCUAAGUCGUCAGUGUUGCAUUCUCAACCAAAAUCAACGGUGGGAACGCCAGCUUACAUAGCUCCUGAAGUCUUACUCAAGAAGGAAUACGACGGAAAGAUUGCAGAUGUAUGGUCUUGUGGGGUAACGUUGUAUGUAAUGUUGGUUGGAGCAUACCCUUUCGAGGAUCCAGAAGAUCCUAAAAACUUUCGUAAAACUAUCCAGAGAAUUUUGAACGUUCAAUACUCUAUUCCGGACUAUGUUCAUAUAUCUCCUGAUUGUUGCCACCUCAUGUCUAGAAUUUUUGUUGCCGAUCCCGCCAAGAGGAUAUCAAUACCAGAGAUUAGAAAACAGGAAUGGUUCUCAAAGAACCUACCGAGCGAAUUGGCUGAAGAUGAGAAGACGAAUAGGAACAUCAAUAAUAUGGUGGGGGAGGAGGCGAUGGAUCAACCCCCGUCGCAAAGCAUUGAAGAAAUCAUGCAGAUCAUCGAGGAAGCGUCAGUGAUGGAGGCCGGAUUUCAGAGUCCUAAUGGACAGUAUCUGACAGGGUGUUUGGACAUCGAAGAGGACAUGGAGGAGGAUUUGGAGACGGAUGCUGAACUCGACUUGGAAAGCAGUGGUGAGAUCGUUUAUGCCUUAACGUAGAACCCCCUUCAUGUGUGUUUAUAACGAGAAUUGGGAGUAACUUACACACUUUCGAGUUUUCCUAUAUUUGAUUCGUGUUUUUGCUUUUAAUUUUUAUGUUGAAUUAUUGUAACGGUGAAGUUUGACCGUGUAUUUGUAUUAUUCACUCUCCCUCUCAUGUAGUGAUAUAAUAUUGGUUGGUUUUGACAAAA